AUGAUACCUUCUCGAUCAUGCCCACCUAUUUUGCCUAUUUGGGACGCAUCACCAUCUAGCAAAGCCCAGGCGGCUGGGCCUCAAAUCGAGGAUUACAAACCUGGGUACCCUCGUCUUACUGCGCUAGUCUCGUCCUACGAUCGCUUCUUUAUAUGCCGCCGCUUUGAUAUGCUCCGAUCACGGCUGCUACUCUUGAAACAAGACCAAAUAUCAGUCCUCGAGGAAAAGCUGAAGCAAAUCGACGAGUCAGAACCCUGUCCUCUAUUCCUUGGGAAAUCUCGAAUCGACAACAAUCAGAGUAGAAAAUCUGUUCUUGCAGAUAUUGACGCUCGUCUUGCCGAAUAUGACCAAUUAGUAGAAAGAACUCAAAAAGCCCUGAGCUUAAACACGGCCGGGCAGAGAGAUGUGGAUAGUCUACAGAACUGGCUGAGGGGAACUGGAUGUGUGGAUAGGCAAGAAAUCCGGUUUCUGGAGCAUCGCAACGAGCUAUCGUCUCUAGCCCUUACAAAUGACAGCGCAAUGAUCAAGUUCGAGGUUUGGGUAGAAGACAAGCUCAUUCGCUUCUCAGAUCGCUUUCGGCAGAGCAGGUAUCGAAGCGCCUCGUCGGAUCCUAAUGUCCACAUCUACUCAGGGCCAGUCAUCAGGAGGAUUGCCAGGGCACUGAUGCUGCUUCUCAUCACGCUGCUCCUUAUGAUGCCUAUAGUCAUAUGCAAUCUUGUGGGCACCAACGCGGGAAGAAUUCUCGUUGUCAUAUUCUCCACGAUUUCGUAUCUGGCCAUUCUUGCUGAAUUGACUAACACGAGAACUGUUGAGUUGAUUGUCGCAGGCACGACGUAUGCUACUGUUCUAAUCGUAUUUGUGUCUGGUAGCGUUAUGGAUGGUUGA